UAGAUGUCGCGGGCAUAGAGUGGCCAAGGUGCCGCUCUACAUCCGGAUCCUGCGGCGCUGCCUUCGGCCGAUGGGGUCCGAGCUGUAGUCGGGUGCCGGCAGAGGCCGGGCGUAUCAAUGAGGAGGGUGCUGCGCCCGCUCUCCGCUCCUUUCGCCUCACACCCGCGCUUCAACCGGCGUCGGCGUCGGCGGCGCAGGUGGUGACCGAGCGAGUAGCCCGAAAGCGGGGAGAAUGCUGCCGGCUUUGGCCGCCCGGCGGAGGGGGUGGGGCUGUUUCUACCAACUUCACCUGCUGAGGCGGAGGGUCCCGCGGCCGUUGGGCCCUCCCUUCGCCAGGACGGCCUGCCACGGAUGGCAGGUGCCUAUUAAAUUUCAAAGUACCUUGCCCAAGCUGCCAGCUAGCUAUCUUCCUGUACAUACAAGUCAAGUAAGAGUUUAUACCUCUGAUGGUCAGAAAGAGAACACAGGAGCACAAGAUCCAAGUUCUUCAUCAAGUUCUGCAGGCAGUGCACAAAAGAUACCAACAGCCCAGGCUGCUGGCAGUCAACCGUCACCGUUGCCACACCCAAUUCAAGUAAAAGUGAAAGCUGUGCUUAAAAAGAGAGAAUAUGGACCAAAAUACAUGAAGAAUAAUUUCAUCACUGGUGUCAGAGCAAUAAAUGAGUUCUGUCUGAAAUCCAGUGACUUAGAUCAGCUCAGGAAAAUCAGGCGGCGAAGCCCUCAUGAUGAUACAGAAACUUUCACUGUGUUUUUGAGAUCAGAUGUGGAGGCCAAAGCUUUAGAAGUCUGGGGAAGUCUAGAAGCUCUUGCUCGAGAGAGGAAAAGGCGUAAAGAAGCAGAAGUAAAACACAGAGAAGAUUUAUUCAGAAACCAAAGACUGUUAAAGGAAUACAAAGACUUCUUAGGAGAAACUAAGCCACGUUCCACCACAUCAGCUCUGUUUUUCAGUGGACCAGGAAAAGUGGUGAUGGUUGCUGUUUGCAUAAAUGGCCUGAAUUUUUUCUUCAAGCUGCUGGCUUGGAUUUAUACGGGUUCUGCAAGCAUGUUUUCAGAAGCCAUACAUUCUUUAGCAGAUACUUGCAAUCAAAUUUUACUAGCAGUGGGAAUCAGCCAGUCUGCGAGGACACCAGACCCAAGUCAUCCGUAUGGCUUCACAAACAUGCGCUACAUUGCAUCAUUGAUUAGCGGAGUUGGCAUUUUCAUGAUGGGUGCAGGACUUUCUUGGUAUCAUGGUAUUGUAGGUUUGCUUAAUCCACAGCCUAUGGAAUCUCUUCUUUGGGCUUAUUGUAUUUUAGCAGGAUCAGUGGUCUCUGAAGGAGCUACUCUUCUUGUAGCUAUAAACGAAAUUCGAAAGAGUGCUCGGGCGAAAGGCAUGUCCUUCUACCAGUACGUUACGCAGGGUCGUGAUCCAAGUACAAAUGUUGUGCUCCUAGAAGACAUGGCAGCAGUUCUGGGUGUGACGUUAGCUGCUACUUGUAUGGGUUUGACCUCUAUAACAGGUAACCCACACUAUGACAGUCUGGGAUCUCUUGGUGUGGGAACUUUAUUAGGAAUCGUGUCAGCAUUUCUUAUCUAUACCAACACGGAAGCAUUGCUGGGCCGAUCUAUCCAGGCUGACCAACUACAGAGGCUUACAGAGCUUUUGGAGAGCGACCCUGCAGUAAGAGCAAUUCAUGAUGUUAAAGCUACAGAUAUGGGGAUGAGCAAAGUGAGAUUCAAAGCAGAAGUAGAUUUUGAUGGACGGAUUGUUACUCGAUCUUACCUGGAGAAACAAGACAUUGAACAGCUGCUACAAGAAAUCCAGCAGGUGAAGACGCUCGAAGAAUUAGAGGUGUUCAUGCUUAAACAUGGUGAAAAUAUAAUUGACACACUAGGAGCAGAAGUGGACCGGCUUGAGAAAGAGCUAAAGAAACGCAAUCCUGAGGUGCGACAUGUAGAUCUGGAAAUACUGUAGACUUCAUGGAAACAUUGUUCCAAGUUUCCCCGCCGGAUCCGCUAUUUUGAGGAACAGAACAACUACUAGAACUGCAGGAAUCCCAAGAUGCUGCAGCAAAUAAGCAUUCUGAUUUUAGUGCUGGUUUCUUUUUCCUCUGAAGGAAAAUGGCUGUGAACUGUUCACCACGAUAGCUGCCAUCUCUUUGCAUAUGAAUCUGUAGUAAAGAUGACUAUUUGGGACUAGAAACUUGAAAUUAAGUUAUUGAAGUGUCAUUUUCUGAAAACUCACAUUAUAUAUUUGCUGCCGUGUUUCAAAUUUUUGUAUCUUGUUUGCACAUUCAGUUCCUAUGCAACUGCUGUUUUAAGGCAUUUGCUAGAGAUGCUGAAGAUGUUUCCAUGUUUCCUUAAUGGCUGCAUUCCUCCUUGAAUCAAACAGAUAUAACCUUGCUCUGGCUUCUCUUGUAUGAACCUGGCAAGAUCCUUGCCCUUUCCCUCCUUAUCAUCAGCUGGAAAUCUACGUUCCUUACAAUGUUUAGCCAUUGUUGACAUGAGACCAAUGUGGACUCUGUCCUCCAUUGUCAUAGACCCAGCAAGGUUACUACAUAAGGUGUAUUUAAAUAAGAGAACUUGAUAUAUGGCUCAUUCCUUCUAUUAGACUUAUUCUUACUUUGGGCAAAAUCUGCCACUUCUGGCCAUGAGAUUUGGGUAGAUUGUGCAGUUUUGUUAUCAUGACGGUGAUAUGUUCCCAAUUAGACAGUUUGUACUAACCUAAUACAUAGGGUCUUUUGAUCCACUAAUUGGUCUACUUACUGCUGAAUUUGUAAUGCCUGAAGCUAAAGUGUGAUGACAGUUUGUUACACUGAUGUAACACACUAAGUAGCCAUUAUUCUUUCAGUUGUCCUCUGUUCUAUGCCAUAUAUUAGUUGUUUAUACAUGCAAGAAGUGUGGAGUAGGACUUUAACAAGGUAUAAAAUACACUGAGACUGUUUAUAAUACUAGUAGAAUGAAGAUCCAGAAUCAAAAGGGUUGUGCAACUAAUUCCAUAUACUAAUUAGGGCCUUGGAGUUGUGUUUUUCAAAUAGCAUAACGUGUUUGAAAUAGAUGGGGAUUUCAAAAGCAGCACAUUAUAAUUUAAUGUGUCUGCUGUUUAAAGGAGAGAGCUUAAUCUCACAAAAAUAAAAUUUCAAGUAACUGUUAGGAUCCCAGCUAAGAAUAUUCAAUUUUUUCAAAAUAACUGAAUAGUGUCUCUUGCUUGGAAUAGUAAAUGAAUUUUUUCUAGAUGAAAUGCUUUGUCUAGGAAUAAAACAGCCACAUUGAACGUGUCAGUCGCUUUCAGUUCCCUUACAGCCACAAGUUCACACUUUGGGCCCUCACAAUGAGAGUCUGGAAAUCCAAAUACUGAAACCUGUGUGGCAGCAAAGGAGAGGUUAAGGGGACUGUGACGUUUACCAUUAUUGGAGAAUCAGUACACAUCAUGGAGUCUUGCAGCUGGUCCACACAUGCAUGUAUAUCUCUUGCUGCUCAGCACUUGAGGCUGCCGAUGUCAACUGGCUCCACUGAAAAAUAGUGUGCUUGAGGCAGUAUAAUGGAACACUGCCUGUGUGGUUGGAUCUGUGAUGGCUCACUCAUUGAUACGUGUUUCCCUUUGACUGUUGCUAUGGUAUAAUAUACAUGCAUGUGUGAGCCACCUGUUUGUAACCAAAACAAGUAGAAUACAUUUGCAAGUAAAAUAUUCUAUGCACUUUAAAAAAUACUGAAGUUCUUUGUCUGAAGGACUUUGAAUCCCCAGGUUGCUAAGUGGUUCAAAGUGGGCCUGGUGGCAUUCUGGAACACUGGCAUGGAAACCUGUUAUGAGAAGCAAUAUGUAUUGGUGAUAAAAAAUUACGGCAAAGACCAAAAUGUGUCAGCAUUAGCUUAGUUUAUAAAUUUAAAAUGUCAUUUCUGGAAGUUGUAUCAUUUUGGGUUUGCACAUGCAUUGACAAUUGCUUGCAUUAUUUUAGUGCAGGAAUGUUGCAGAUCUUUGGUUUUAGAAAAAAAUGUUGUACAUAUUGUAAUUAGCAUGUAAAGCUUAGUGUGUGUGCUUUGUUACAUAUAUUUAGAAGUAAAGAACCGACUCCUUUUAUGUUUUCA